AUGGAGUUGGACUUGGACACGAGCCGCGGCCAUCCAUUGACGUUACAGGAAGUCGGCGGGAUCCUGACCGUCGUGGCCGUCGGAGGCACAGUCUUCUACUUCCUCAAGGGCGUCGGCAGAUCCCCCAAGGGCCGCCGCCUCGCGGGGGGCGCAAGGGCCGUCGUCGCCAACACGCCCCGCGUGGCUCGCUGGGCGGGCUGGUGGGGCGCCAUGUGGGCCAUCGAGAUCGCCAUGGAUCACGCCUGCGGCGCCGAUGGCCCGUGGAACGCGUGGUCGCCUGUGGCGGCGCGCUUCCGGGCCGCGCUCAAGGGCGCGACGCUCGCCGCUGUCGCGGAGAAAACCCUCUACGGCCUGAAAGCUUGUUCGGCUUGCUGGAAACUCAUGGCUCACGCUAUGAGAAAUUUCUGGGCGAUGAAAUUUAAUCAGUUAGAUCCGAUUAUCUCUUCAUUCAGUUAG